AUGUCAAGCUCCUUCGAAAAGUCCGUCAAGGGCGCAACGAAGAUCAAGAAUGCUCCCCCAAAAACGAAAUACAUCGAACAUAUUCUCGUAGCUACCCAUUCCGGCGAAGCUGGCGUCGGCGAGGUCUUUCGCGCUCUCACAUACCGUCUCCGCGAUUCAACGUGGACCGUUGUGUUCAAAAGUCUAAUUACAGUUCACCUGAUGAUCAGAGAGGGAUCUCCUGAUGUCACGCUCGCUUUUCUCUCGACGCAUCGAAAUGUGCUAGCAAUUAGCAGCUUUACAGACGCACAAAUUCAAGGACGAAAUAUUCGACAUUAUGCCCACUACCUAGCUGAGAGAGCUCGCGCAUACGAAAAGACGAAGACGGAUUGGGUGCGCGCUUCUGAGUCAAGACUUGAGAAGCUUUCGGUUGAGAAGGGAUUGUUACGAGAGACGGAAAUCGUUCAACACCAACUUGAGGCUUUACUAAAAUGCGACGUUAUGGAGAACGAGCCAGAGAAUGAAAUCACCAUAACUGUUUUCCGGCUGCUUGUCUUGGAUCUGUUGGCACUAUUUCAGGUACUCAACCAAGGGCUCAUCAGCAUUCUCGGUAACUUUUUCGAGAUGUCAAAGGUGGAUGCCGAACGUGCUAUGGCCAUUUAUCGGAAAUUCACGAAGCAAACAGACUACGUCGUCCAAUAUCUGAGCGUAGCUCGUCAGCACGAACACCACACUCGAGUCGAGGUGCCCAAGCUCAAGCAUGCUCCUGUCAAUCUUGGACGCCAGCUGGAGGAGUAUCUUCACGAUCCCGAUUUCGAGGUCCACCGAAGACAAUACUUGGCCGAGCAGGAUGUGAAGAAGAUUGGGGGAGGUUCAAGCUCGAAGCAAGGAGGUCUCAGCAAGAAGAAAAGCUCUGAUUUCCCCGAACCAGCGUCCAACAACCCUUUUCCCAAGAUUACGGCCUCUUCGAGUGGGAACAGAGCACCUGAGUCGAAACCGCAAGCCAACAAGGGCCCUGAUCCCGAUCUGAUCGACUUCUUUGACUCUAUCGAACAGAAUCAGACACCGAUGAGUAUGAAUCCCCAGCCUCAACAACAGGCUUUCCAGCAGCAACCGACAGGCAUGCCGUUUCAACAGAACGGUUUUGCUCCUCAGCCUACUGGGUUUGCCUCCAACAGUCCAUUCCAACAGCCUCAGCAGACUGGGUUCAUGCAGCCGCAGCCUCAGAUACAGCAACCCCAAAUACAGCAACCCCAGAUCCAACUACAGCCCGACUUCACUGGAGCCGGUUUCGGGGGCUUCACUCCUCAACAACAAGCCUUCCAACCAAGCUCACUCGCACCAAUUCCUCAGGAUACAAUGGCCAGCUUUCCCAACGCUGCUCCUCAAAUCCAACAACCUGUUCAGAACGGAUCGCCUCAGGGUCUCCAACCGAUGCAAACAGGAAGCACCAACCCCUUCCGCCAGUCUAUGCUCAUGGCUCAACAAACAGGGCUUCCAUCAUCUGCUACAACACCCGCUCUAAACCGCCAAUCUACAAACCCAUUCGCUCGAACAUCACCACAGCAAAACACUUCUCCUUUCGCCCAAGCUUCAAACUCGCCUUUCCAAUCACCCUCUCCUCAACAACAACAACCUGCUCUUCAACCUACACCAACCGGCACAAACCCCUUUGCUCGCAACUCCACGAUGCCAGCGCCAAACCAAGAACAGCGUCCGCAAACUGCCGGCGCUGCUCUUGCUCCUCAACCGACCGGUACUACCAACCCCUUCCGAAACGGCGCCUUUGUCAACCACAACACAGGCAUGGGAUGGCAAGCCAACCAGCAGCCUAUCGGGGGAGGCCUCGACCAACUUCCCACAGUACCUGUAUUCCCUCGUCCUGCUCAACAGACACCCUGGCAGCAAUAA